UCACUAUAACUAACGGACCUGAUGAUUCGCUGUCUUUUGGCAAGCCGCAAAAGCUCAGAGAGAAUAAUAAUAACAACAGAGCAGCAGCAGAAGAAGAAGAAGAAGUCGAAUUUGGAAUUGGAAACUCAAAUUAAUACAAAAUCUCGAUUUUCUGAAAACCCGAUCGAAGAAUCUCGGAUCGGCUCAGAAAAUCAAAUGGCUUACGCAUCUCGUAUCAUCAUUCAUUCCAACAAGCUGAAGCAUGUCUCCACUUUACUGCGGCGUGAGCAUUCCGUGGCAGCCCGCGGCUUCUCCAACAGCAGUACACACUCCUCUCUCACUGCAAGAGAAGAUAUGCUCAAGACUCGUCCCCCGGUAGAGAGAAUUUCGAAAUGUUGUGCCACCACUGUACCAAUGCCUAGUGGUAUUUCAACAAUGAGCUCAAAACCAAUGACAGGGCCAUCGUUUUUUAGAGAAUAUAUAAGCUCCCAGAUGCGAUCAGUAAGAGGGUUUUCAUCUGGUUCAGAUCUUCCUCCUCAUCAAGAGAUCGGAAUGCCUUCUCUUUCGCCAACAAUGACUGAGGGUAACAUUGCCAGGUGGCUGAAGAAAGAAGGUGAUAAAGUCGCUCCUGGUGAAGUUCUUUGUGAAGUUGAAACUGACAAAGCAACCGUUGAAAUGGAAUGCAUGGAAGAGGGUUAUCUCGCUAAGAUACUAAAAGAGGAGGGGACAAAAGCAAUUCAAGUUGGGGAGGUGAUUGCUAUCACAGUGGAAGAGGAAGAAGAUAUUCAAAAGUUCAAAGAUUACACCCCCUCAUCUGGUGGUAGUCCCGCUGCUCCUGAAGCAAAACCAGCUACUUCCCCACCAAAGGAAGAGAAGGUCGAGAAGCCAGCCAGUGCUCCUGAAGCCGAGACUUCUAAGCCAAGCCCUGCUCCUUCAGAAGAUCGUAUCUUUGCUAGUCCUCUUGCGAAAAAAUUGGCUGAAGAUAACAAUGUUCCUUUGUCAAGCAUCAAAGCCACAGGUCCUGAAGGACGGAUAGUGAAGGCUGAUGUGGAAGAGUUCUUAGCUUCACGCGGUAAAGAAACUACUGCCAAGCCUUCCAAGCCCACCGAUUCGAAGGUUCCAGCUUUGGACUAUGUUGAUAUCCCUCACACUCAGAUACGAAAGGUCACAGCCUCGCGUUUGGCAUUCUCAAAGCGAACUAUUCCUCACUACUACUUGACCGUGGAUACAUGUGUUGACAAAAUGAUGGGUCUGAGGAGUCAAUUGAAUUCAUUUCAAGAGGCUAACGGCGGGAAACGUAUAUCUGUAAAUGAUCUUGUUAUUAAGGCUGCUGCAUUGGCUCUACGGAAAGUUCCUCAGUGCAAUAGUUCAUGGACUGACGAAUACAUCCGCCAAUUUAGCAAUGUGAACAUCAAUGUCGCAGUACAAACAGAAAACGGGCUUUACGUUCCUGUUGUCAAGAACGCGGACAAGAAAGGACUGUCCACAAUUGGAGAAGAGGUUCGGUUCUUGGCUCAGAAGGCUAAAGAAAACAGCUUGAAGCCUGAAGAUUAUGAGGGAGGAACAUUCACAGUUUCCAACCUGGGGGGACCUUUUGGCAUCAAACAGUUCUGUGCCGUCAUCAAUCCACCUCAAGCUGCUAUUCUAGCUAUUGGCUCCGCUGAGAAGAGAGUUGUUGCUGGUGGUGGCCCUGACCAAUUCAACGUCGCUUCUUACAUGUCUGUAACACUUAGCUGUGACCACCGCGUAAUAGAUGGUGCCAUUGGAGCUGAAUGGUUGAAGGCAUUCAAGGGCUACAUCGAGACCCCAGAGUCUAUGUUGCUCUAAACUCUCCACACACACACACGUCAAAGCUAAAGCUCAUAAGAGUAUGACAUUAAAUUUCUCUGGUUUCGACUGUUUCUACCACAUUUGUUCCCUUUAGCCCCUUGUGCAUGCCUUCCAAAGUUGCUUGCUAUUGCCAUUCUCUACGUUGAGUUGACAGAUUCUUUUCCCAAAAUAAAAUCAGGAAUCUAACAAGUUUAUUACUGUUAAAUGGAUUGUUGGUUUCAUCAUGGGAUGGCAUCACAAUAAAACCGAUUUAUUA